CGAACCUACGAGAAAGAAUUCGCAGCCCAUUCUCACAACUCUACCUAUUAAGUGCCACUGACCUCUUAGCUUUUCCCCCAAACCACGGGAACGCCCUCGCCGCAGACGAACCAAGAAGCGACGAACGCCAAAGUCCGACGCCCAUGGCCGCCGUGUUCUGCGCCCCGCACCACCACCUCCCCGUCCUCCCACUGCCGUCGAGGAAAUCUGGGAUCCGUUCCUUCUCGGGCUCGCUCGCCCUCCCCAGCCCCUCCAAGGGCCGUGCGUCGGUGAGGCCCCUUAGGGUCUUGAAGUGGUCGGAAACCCUCGGGAGGAGCGAUCUCUUCGUGUCGAAGAGGGCUGGGCGGGUUGGGAACAGGUCGAGGUCGGUUGUCGUCAGAUGCGAAGCGAACAGGGAUGGGAGGAUUACUCAACAAGAAUUUACCGAGAUGAGUUGGCAAGCUAUUGUUUCGGCACCUGAAAUUGCAAAAGAGAGCAAGCAUCAAAUUGUAGAGACUGAACACUUGAUGAAAUCAUUACUGGAGCAGAAAAAUGGGCUUGCCCGUCGCAUCUUUUCCAAGGCAGGAGUUGAUAAUACUAAGCUUCUAGAAGCUACUGAUAGAUUCAUCCAGAGGCAACCUAAGGUUCUGGGUGAGACUGCUGGUAGCAUGUUGGGACGAGAUAUUGAAACUUUAAUUCAGAGGGCCAGGGAAUACAAGAAAGAGUAUGGUGACUCUUUUGUGUCGGUUGAGCAUAUUGUACUUAGUUAUGCAGAUGAUCGGAGAUUUGGAAGACAACUUUUUAAGGAUUUUCAAAUUUCAAUAAAUACUCUGAAAUCUGCUGUUCAAGCUAUAAGGGGACGGCAAAAUGUUAUUGAUCAAGAUCCUGAGGGCAAGUACGAAGCACUGGAGAAAUAUGGAAAGGAUUUGACUGCUAUGGCACGUGAAGGGAAACUUGAUCCAGUCAUAGGGAGGGAUGAUGAGAUAAGGAGGUGCAUACAGAUUUUAUCAAGGAGAACAAAGAACAAUCCUGUAUUGAUAGGUGAACCAGGUGUUGGAAAAACGGCUAUAUCAGAAGGGCUUGCCCAAAGAAUAGUGCAAGGGGAUGUUCCUCAGGCAUUGAUGAAUCGCAGGUUAAUUUCCCUUGAUAUGGGUGCACUUAUUGCUGGGGCGAAGUAUAGGGGAGAAUUUGAAGAUAGACUAAAAGCCGUAUUAAGAGAAGUGACUGAUUCUGAAGGCCAGAUAGUCCUUUUCAUUGAUGAGAUCCACACUGUUGUUGGAGCAGGUGCCACAAAUGGGGCCAUGGAUGCAGGCAAUCUUUUGAAACCGAUGCUUGGGCGUGGAGAGUUGCGCUGCAUUGGUGCAACAACUCUUGAUGAGUAUCGCAAAUACAUUGAGAAGGAUCCAGCCUUGGAACGUCGGUUUCAGCAAGUUUAUGUAGAUCAGCCUACUGUGGAAGACACAGUAUCCAUAUUGCGUGGAUUACGUGAGAGAUACGAGCUUCACCAUGGUGUCCGCAUAUCUGAUAGUGCACUCGUGGAGGCUGCCAUUCUUUCUGAUCGUUAUAUAAGUGGCCGCUUUUUGCCCGACAAAGCUAUUGACUUAGUUGAUGAGGCAGCUGCCAAGUUAAAAAUGGAGAUCACAUCCAAACCGACGGCCUUGGAUGAAAUCAAUCGGUCCGUGUUGAAACUAGAAAUGGAGCGACUCUCACUGACUAAUGAUACAGACAAAGCUUCGAAAGAUAGAUUGAACCGCCUUGAGGCUGAACUGUCACUCUUGAAGGAGAAGCAAGCUGAACUUACUGAGCAGUGGGAGCAUGAAAAAUCAGUAAUGACACGCAUUCAAUCCAUAAAAGAAGAGAUUGACAGGGUGAAUCUAGAAAUUCAGCAAGCAGAACGUGAGUAUGAUCUUAACCGGGCUGCUGAAUUGAAGUAUGGAAGCCUUAACUCUCUACAGCGUCAACUUCAACAAGCAGAAAAGGAGCUCACUGAAUAUCAAAAUUCAGGAAAGUCAAUGCUUAGAGAAGAGGUAACUGGAAAUGACAUUGCAGAAAUAGUCAGCAAAUGGACAGGUAUUCCGGUGUCCAAGCUGCAACAGUCUGAGAGGGAAAAGCUGCUGCACCUGGAAGAAGAACUCCACAAGCGUGUUGUAGGUCAAGACCCUGCAGUGAGAGCUGUGGCAGAAGCUAUCCAACGGUCCAGAGCUGGUCUCUCAGACCCAAACCGUCCCAUUGCUAGUUUCAUGUUCAUGGGACCAACAGGGGUUGGCAAGACCGAACUGGCAAAGACACUUGCUUCUUAUAUGUUCAACACUGAAGAAGCUUUAGUGAGAAUAGAUAUGAGCGAGUACAUGGAAAAGCAUGCAGUGUCAAGAUUGAUUGGGGCCCCACCUGGUUAUGUUGGAUACGAAGAGGGAGGACAGCUGACUGAGACUGUUCGCAGGAGGCCAUAUGCUGUUAUUUUGUUUGAUGAGAUAGAGAAGGCGCAUUCUGAUGUGUUCAAUGUUUUCCUGCAGAUACUGGAUGAUGGUCGGGUGACUGAUUCACAGGGCCGGACAGUGAGUUUUACCAAUACAGUCAUCAUUAUGACAUCAAACGUGGGUUCUCAGUACAUCUUGAAUAUGAAUGAUGAAACCGAGUCAAGGGAUUCAACCUAUGAGUCGAUCAAGCAGAGGGUGAUGGAUGCUGCUAGGUCCUUAUUUCGCCCUGAAUUCAUGAAUCGAGUUGAUGAGUAUAUUGUUUUCCAGCCUCUGGACCGGGAGCAGAUUAACAGCAUUGUCAAGUUACAGUUGGAGAGAGUACAGAAGCGAGUUGCCGACCGGAAGAUCAAGAUUGAGGUCACCGAUGCGGCAGUCGAGUUUCUCGGAAAUCUCGGAUACGAUCCCAACUACGGUGCUAGGCCGGUGAAGCGUGUUAUUCAACAGAAUGUGGAGAAUGAACUAGCAAAAGGUAUUCUCAGAGGAGACUUCAAGGAUGAGGACACUGUGUUAGUGGACACAGAAGUCACUGUUUUCUCCAAUGGCCAGCGUCCUCAGCAGAAGUUGGUGUUCCGUAAGCUGCUGGACGCAGAUUCUUCCGAUAAGCCUUCCUCCGAAGAUCAGAAGGCCUUCUUGCCGAGUCGUUGACCGUGGGUCUCCUCCUCCAAGACACCAUGCAGUAGAGCUACAGCACUGUAUAAUGGCCCUCUAUGUUUCUAUAGAAAUCUGAUGAUAUAGUUUCUAUGACAGAUUUGGAGGCCAGUCUAUCUUUUCAUAAUCUUGCAAUGGAGGAGAACACAUUGAUCUGCAA